AUGGCGGCGGAGGGCCUCGCUGAGAUUCCUGAUGUGGAUAUCGAUCCCGAGGGCGUCUUCAAGUACGUGCUGAUUCGAGUCCACUCGAGGCCGCCCUCCGGGGCUCAGGGCGAGGACAGCAAGGAAAUCGUGCAGCCCGAGGCCUACGCGGGCGGCUUCGCGGCCAGCCCGGGGCCUCCCUUCGAAGGCUACGGCUCCAGGCCCUACCCGUACGAGGAGCGCCCGGGGCCCAGCCCCCGGCGUGCGGGCAGCUACUACCCCGGGGACGCGCGCACCUUCCCCGUACACGAGCCGCCCGCACGCGCCUACUCCGGGGAGGCCCCCCGAGCCUGCGGCCCGCUCUGGGGCGCCCGCUACGGCCCCGAGGAGGCCUGGGCCCGGCCCGGCGCCCGCCCCUUCUACACCGAGGACUUCGGGCGGUACCGCGAGCGCGACUCCAUGGCUCGGACUUACCCGCACCAGCGCGGCAGCACCGCCUGGGCCGACUGGGGGCCGCGGCCUUACCGCACCCUGCAGGUGGCGCCUCCCCCGGGCCCCGGCCCUGGCCCCGGCCCGCUGCUGGCCUCGUGGCACGGCGGCACGGGCACCAGCCCACCGCGGCUGGCCACCGACAGCCGCCAUUACUCGCGGUCCUGGGACAACAUCCUGGCGCCGGGGCCGCGCCGGGAGGACCCCCUGGGCCGCGGCCGCAGCUACGAGAACCUGCUGGGGCGGGAGGCGCGGGAGACCCCCGAGGCGCGGCGCCCGCCGGUCGUGGUGAACCUGUCCACCUCGCCCCGACGCUACGCGGCGCUGUCGCUGUCCGAGACCUCGCUGUCGGACAAGGGCCGCGCCGGCGACGGCCUGGGCCGCAACUGGUACGUGACCCCGGAGAUCACCAUCACCGAUAACGACCUGCGCGCAGAGCCCGCGGGCCCUGCGGAGGCGACGGACGGGUCCCCCGAGCCCAGCGCGGACGAGGACGACCUGAUGACCUGCUCCAACGCGCGCUGCCGGCGCACCGAGACCAUGUUCAACGCCUGCCUCUACUUCAAGUCCUGCCACAGCUGCUACACCUUCUACUGCUCGCGCCUGUGCCGCCGCCAGGACUGGGACGCGCACAAGGCGCGCUGCGUGUACGGCCGCGUGGGCAGCGCCUGCCGCCACGUGCUGCAGUUCUGCCGCGACAGCGGCCCCGUGCACCGCGCCUUCUCCCGCAUCGCGCGCGUCGGCUUCCUGUCCCGCGGCCGCGGCGUGCUGUUCCUGGGCUUCCCGAGCCCAGGCUCGGCCGACAACUUCCUGCGCUUCGGCCUCGAGGGGCUGCUGCUGUCGCCCACCUACCUGUCCCUGCGCGAGCUGGCGGCGCACGCCGAGCCUCUGGGCAGCUACGCCCGGGAGCUGGCGGCCGCCGGGCGGCAGUACGAGCCGGCCGAGUGCUUCCUGCUCAGCGUGUCGGCCUGCCUGGAGAAGCCAGGCCUGACUGACUCCCUGUCUGGACCUCUGCCCGCUCUUAGCACCCUUCGCCCGAGCCUGUGCCAGUCUGAAGAUGCUUCCUCUCCGCCAGGGGCGGGGCUGCUCCGAGCGGGGGUUGCAGACCUCGAGUCCGCUCUCUUAGGUGGUCCCCAGAUCCCCAGGCCCCCCAGGGCGCCCAGGGCGCUGCUUGAGGUCAUUCUUCCCAUUCUAGCCGAUAUUUAUGACAAAGUGUGUGGCGAGCUGCAGAAGGAGGGUUAUGACUGCGAGUGUCUGGGCGGCGGCCGCAUCUCCCACCAGAGCCAGGACAAGAAGAUCCACGUGUAUGGCUACUCCAUGGGCUAUGGUCGUGCCCAGCACUCUGUCUCUACGGAGAAGAUCAAAUCCAAGUAUCCCGACUACGAGGUCACAUGGGCGGAUGAUGGCUACUGAUGCCCUGUCAGCAGCCAGGUCGGGACUCUGCUCUUUCUGAGGCCCCUCCCGAGGGGCCAGCCCCACCCCUCCCUUCACCCGCUGGUGACAGGCCACCCUGCCACACCUCAGA